UGCAAGACACAAGAAAGAUCGAAAUCUCAGAGAUGGCAGGCCCUGCCUACUCCUCCCCAGAAUGGUACCUUCAGGCUAAAGACCAAGACAUCAGCAGCGACAUUGGUAGACUGACAAUCUACCACCUUGGAUUCAAGCAGGCGACGGAAGGAACGCUAGUCUUCGCGCCUCUCGAAUUCUCCAGCGCGCCGCGAGCGGUUCUUGACGUCGGCACCGCGGACGGUCUCUGGAUGCGCGAGGUCUCAUCCUCUGUCCCCACCCCACCUCUCGGCGAGCACACUUUCACCGGCACCGACAUCAACGCAUCCUUCUUUCCCAAGACGAGUCCCGAGAACAUCACGUUCGUUAAGCAGGACGUCAAAGAUGCUGCCCCACCCGCCUGGCACAGUGCCUUCGACCUCGUCAACAUGCGCAUGAUUCUCAUCGCUGCCGGUUCCGGUGCCGCCCAGCGCGCCGCGGUCAACGAGCACAUCAAGCUGGUCAAGCCCGGCGGUUGGAUCCAGAUUGGAGACUGCGAUCGCGUGUGUCCGACUCCGGAGGCGGAGAAUCCGCGCUAUCACGACAUGUGGGCGUGCAUUAGAGCUGUGUGCGAAGCGUCCGGGGUAGCUACGUUAGAGGCGCCGAAGAUCAAGUCAUGGUUGGAGGAAGCGGGCCUCGAGGAGGUGCACGAAAGGACCGCGAUGCGAGCGGUAGGGAAGAGAAAUGCGGAUGAGCAGUUGGGAAAGUUAGGCAUAAAGGCCGACCUGAUUAUUGCGAAGGGUUUUGCAGCUGGUGCAAAGGGUGAGUUGCAUCUCGCUCGCCUCCAACUCUGUGGACAUUACGCACGCUGAAAGUGACAGGUUUGGACCCAUCCAUCAAACCCUUGCCAGAUGAGCGAUGCGAUUCCUUGGUACAGGAGCUCGAGAAGGAGUUGAGCGAGACAGGUGCAUACUUUCCGAUGCGCUUCAUCUGGGGUAGGAGACCGCUCUGAAAGGAUCUCGGCGAGCGAUUCCAGCCCGGAACAGCUCCAACGACUUACAGCAAAGGUCUGACGCACGGAAACACCGCAAAGGGAAAUCGAAACGCAGAUAGUACUGGG